GAAAUGAAAGACAAAUACAUAGAAAUCAUCGAGAUGUUUUUGAAGACAUCGGUAUUUUGUGCGUGUAUCGCCAUGAUUGCAGCGCAAGAUUUUAAUUUGGACGUGUCUAAUAAAACUUUGGCACCAAAACCAGAAAAAUUCAAGAAUCUCGAAGGAUGUUAUAUUCCGGAGAAGGACACCGUCAUUCCGUUAAACGCAAGAGUUGCAUGGAAGGACAAAUGUUUAGAGUACCGCUGCUAUUCCCAGAGUUACGAAAUAGCAGAGUGUUCAACUCAAGUGCCGGACUUCAAAAACAAUCCCAAAUGCUUUAUGCACCGAGAUUAUGAAAAACCAUAUCCUGAAUGCUGCCCCAAGAUUGCAUGUUACAUACGGUCAAUUUCAGGUGUAAAUGCAUUUGACAACAUUUUUUAAAGUUUUAUUUUAUAUUUUUCAUCAUACCCAAAAAUAAUAGCCAAAUAGACGAAUGACCAUAUUACAUUCCAACAAGUUUUUUAAUAAACACGAGAGACGGAGAAGGGUACUACCUAAUAAUAUUACAAUUACUUAUUGGUUCAAAAUACGUGUUAACAUAAGUAUAAUUAGCAAUCUAUGAGUGCGUCUGCCGAAAAAAAAUUGUUCAUUCCCCAAUAAGAGGCUCAUGAAUGGAAAUUUUUAGCCUGGGCUGCAUUAGUUCUAAUUAUUUACAUAACACUUGAAUGUAUUUUAUAUUUCAAAUAAACGACUUAAAAUUA